GCGCGCACGCGCAUUUGCACGAGUGUUUUGACAGCUCCGGCCGAGGCGAAGGAGCAGGUGUCGCGAGAGUGGGCAGCGCGCCGCCUAGUGAGGGCUGUCAUUAUGGCGAACCUGGGAAGCGAGGCCGAGCGGGAGCCCCUCCUGGGCCCCAGCUCACCCGGAAGCAGAGAACAGGACGUGAUAGAAACCCAAGAGCAUUACAAGAGUAGAUGGAAGUCUGUGAGGAUUCUCUACCUUACUAUGUUCCUCAGCAGUGUGGGUUUUUCUAUUGUGAUAAUGUCCAUCUGGCCAUAUCUUCAAAAGAUCGAUCGGACAGCUGAUGCGAGCUUUCUGGGCUGGGUUAUUGCUUCAUACAGUCUCGGCCAAAUGGUAGCUUCACCUCUGUUUGGCUUAUGGUCUAAUUAUAGACCAAGGAAAGAGCCCCUUAUCGUCUCCAUCUCCAUUUCGGUGGCAGCCAACUGCCUAUAUGCAUAUGUCCACGUGCCAGCUGCUCAUAAUAAAUACUACAUGUUGAUUGCUCGUGGAAUGGUGGGAUUUGGAGCAGGAAAUGUAGCUGUUGUCCGAUCAUACAUUGCUGGUGCUACUUCCCUUCAGGAAAGAACAAACGCCAUGGCUAAUACGAGCACAUGCCAAGCCCUGGGCUUUAUUCUGGGUCCAGUUUUUCAGACUUGCUUUGCACUCAUUGGAGAAAAGGGUGUGACAUGGGACAUCAUCAAACUGCAGAUCAACAUGUACACAGCACCAGUUUUACUUGCAGCCUUCCUGGGAAUUCUAAACAUUAUUCUGAUUCUUUUUAUAUUGAGAGAGCAUCGUGUGGAUGACUUGGGACGUCAGUGUAAGAGUGUGAAUUUUCGAGAAGAAAAUACAGAUGAACUUCAGAUUCCUGAAGGAAGUAUUGAUCAAGUUGCUGUUGUGGCUACCAAUAUUGUCUUUUUUGUGGUUUUGUUUAUCUUUGCCGUUUAUGAAACAAUCCUCACUCCAUUAACGAUGGACAUGUAUGCCUGGACCCAGGAGCAGGCUGUGCUCUAUGAUGGAAUAAUCCUUAUUGCUUUUGGAGUUGAGGCUGUUCUUGUUUUCAUGGGGGUUAAAUUACUUUCCAAAAAGAUUGGCGAACGUGCUAUUCUCCUGGGAGGAUUUGUGGUCGUAUGGGUCGGCUUCUUUAUCUUGUUACCCUGGGGAAAUCAGUUUCCCAAAAUACAGUGGGAAGAUUUACACAACAGCUCAACCCCUAAUACUACAUUUGGGGAAAUUAUUAUUGAUCUUUGGAAUUCUCCAAGAGAAGAUCACAGUGAACAGCCAACUGGGUGUCCAAUUGAACAGGCCUGGUGCCUAUACACCCCAGUGAUUCAUCUGGCCCAGUUCCUGAUAGCUGCUGUGCUAGUUGGAAUAGGCUAUCCAGCCUGCAGUGUCAUGUCCUAUACAUUAUACUCAAAAAUUCUAGGACCCAAACCUCAGGGUAUAUACAUGGGCUGGUUAACCACUUCUGGAAGUGCAGCACGGAUUCUUGGGCCUGUGUUCAUCAGCCAUGUGUACACUUACUUGGGCCCACGAUGGGCAGUCAGCCUUGUGUGUGGAAUAGUAGUGCUCACCAUCUUGCUAAUAGGAGCCGUUUACAAAAGACUCAUUGCUUUUUCUGUCAGAUACGGGAGGAUCCAGGAGUAAGUUAGCAGUCUGUGCUGGGUACUUGCUGCCUACUGUCUUCACCUCAACAGUGAGUAACUUGACUUUGAAUGGUAGAUGUAUAAAAACAUUCUGGCUCAAAAUCUCCUUAUCAAAGGUGAACUAUUUUUCAUAUCAUACCUUACUGGAGUCCCAUGAACUCAACAGUGAAUGGAUAAUGGUCUGUAGGUAUGAAACUAUACUCAAUGUGAACUACAGGGCUCUGUCUAAAGCACUGGAAUAUGCAAUGGAACUGGACAAAAUUCUGUAUUAAACUAGAGUACAUUUAGUC